UCUGUCCGGACUGCUAUCCUAUCCAAUCUAGAGUAACGUUCACCUCGCCCACCAUGCUCGUCCUCGCGGAGACUGCCAUCGGGUUCGUGGUCUUCAAGCUCAGCAAUGACGCAAAGAUAGAUAACAAGAAUUUGUGGAAAGAGUUCGAGACACCAGAAAAGGCCAACAAGGCUCUCUCUGUCGAGGCUAUCCAACGAUUCACGUCCACUGCUACUGCCGUCGAGGAUCUUAGCGCACUCCAAGAUGGUAGAUUGACCGAUUCCUUGUCGAAAUUCCUAGUGGACACUGUCAACGGUGGAUCCAAAGACAAGAAGAAGAAAAGUUCCAAGACUGAGGAAAUGCUCGUGGUGUCUGAUCCAAAGCUCGCUUCGACAAUCCAAAAGACACUCUCCAUUCCUGUCCUUUCCGACUCUACAACCCAGGAUCUGUACCGUGGUAUCCGACAACAAUUGGCUUCAUUACUUGGCGGUUUGGAUCAAAAGGACCUCAACACCAUGUCUCUCGGUUUAGGUCACUCAAUGUCGCGAUUCAAGCUCAAGUUCUCGACCGACAAAGUCGAUACGAUGGUCAUUCAGGCCAUUGCUCUGCUGGACGACUUGGACAAGGAGAUCAACAUUUAUUCUAUGCGAGUGAAGGAAUGGUAUGGCUGGCAUUUCCCAGAGUUGGGCAAAAUAAUCGUGGACAAUAUCGCCUAUGCCAGAGUCGUCAAGGCAAUGGGAUUCCGCACAAACGCCUCCACCACCUCGUUCGAGAUGAUUCUCCCGGAGGAUCUCGAAGCAGCCGUCAAGGCCGCAGCGGAGCUUUCCAUGGGUACCGAAAUCUCCGACACUGAUAUCGCCCACAUCAACUCUCUCUGCGAUCAAGUCAUCUCCAUUUCAGAUUACCGAACCCAGCUUUCCGAGUACUUGAGGAAUCGAAUGCAAGCCAUCGCACCGAAUCUCACGUCGUUGGUCGGAGAGCUGGUCGGUGCGAGGUUGAUCAGUCAUGCUGGAAGUUUGAUGAACUUGGCAAAGCACCCAGCAUCCACCGUUCAGAUCCUCGGUGCGGAGAAGGCCCUUUUCCGAGCUCUCAAAACGAAACACGACACCCCAAAGUACGGUCUGAUCUAUCACGCUUCACUUGUCGGCCAGGCCCCUCAGAAACUCAAGGGAAAGAUGGCCCGUAUGGUCGCUACCAAGGCCGCUCUGUCUAUCCGUGUGGACGCUUUAUCCGAUGCCGAUUCACGAUCCGAUCCAUCAGCUGCCGAAGUAGGAGUUACCAACCGAGUCAAGCUGGAAUCUCGUUUGAGGGCGCUCGAACACCAAGCUGGCAUUCAGUCCGUUCGCCGGGUCACUGCUGGAGCCGGAAGGCAGCAGCCGAGAUUUGAGAUGGGUGCCGGAGGUGGAUCAUACAACAAUGCUACAGAUUCUAUCCAGUUGGGCAGUGCCCAAGGCUUGUUACCAACACAGCCUCAACCCGCUAUCAAACAAGCCGUGAAGGCUGUUCUGGAGGUCAAGGAGGAAAAGCGGGCGGAGAAGGAGAAGGAGAGUAAGAAGGAUAAGAAGAACAAGCGGAAGAGCGAAAGUGCGAUGGACGUGGAUGAGAAUGGCGAUGGCGAUACGAGCAUUGCGGGAGAGACUAAGGAGGAGCGAAGAGCGAGAAAAGAGGCCAAAAAGGCGGCUAAAGAGGCCAAACGCGCUGCUAAGGAGGCCACCAACGGAGACGCCACAGUGACUAAGAAACGCUCAGCAGUGGAGAUGAACGGUGACGCUGAUGCACCGGUGGACGGCGAGAAGAAGAAGAAAAAGAAGAAGCGGGACUCUGAGGCUUGAGUGUGAGGGUGCUUGUGUGUGUGUAAUGCCGGUUCGGAUCUUUUUGACGUCGGAGAGC